AUGACAAAGGAUCACAUCCUCACGCUUUCCUGCCCGGACAAGCCCGGCAUCAUCCACACAGUGACUGGAGUGCUCGCACAGCACAAUCUCAACAUCUUGGACCUCCAACAAUUCUCCGACUUGGAAGCACAACGCUUUUUCAUGCGAAUCCAUUUCGGCCACGCGGACUCGACCGAUCAUCUGGCUAAGCCUUUGGAGGGACUGGAUCUGCAGAUGGAUUACAAUAUCGUUCCGGUAUCGCACAAGCCCCGAGUCAUGAUCAUGGUUUCCAAGAUGGGACACUGCUUGAAUGAUCUGCUUUUCCGCCAGAAGACCUCGCAGCUGGGCAUUGAAAUCCCACUCGUUGUGUCGAAUCAUCCCGACUUCGAGACUUUGGCCAAGAGCUAUGAUGUGCCGUUCCACCAUCUACCCGUAACGAAGGACACGAAAGCCCAGCAGGAGAGUCAGAUCCUGGAUCUGAUUGAGACGAACAACGUUGAUCUGAUCGUUCUUGCUCGAUACAUGCAAGUGCUGUCUCCGAAAUUAUGUGAGGUCAUGAGUGGGAAGAUCAUCAACAUCCACCAUUCUUUCUUGCCCAGCUUCAAGGGUGCAAAGCCCUACCACCAGGCUUACGAGCGAGGGGUCAAGAUUGUCGGAGCAACGGCGCAUUUCGUGACUGCGGACUUGGAUGAGGGUCCGAUUAUCGAACAACGGAUUGCGAGAGUAAAUCACAGCAUGAACCCGAAGGAGCUCACGCAAGAGGGCAGUAAUGUCGAGACUCAGACUUUGGCGGCUGCUGUGAAGUGGUGGAGCGAGAAGCGAGUGUUUUUGAAUGGAACUAAGACUGUUGUCUUUAAUUGA